AUGGAGAAGAUGCAGUGCGGUUCCAAGGGCAUUGCUCACCGGGCCUCGGCGGCCAGCGGCUCCGGCAAGCAAAAGCGGAAGGGCGGCGGCGGCGGGGACAAGCCGAUCAAGGUGGUGUACAUCUCCAACCCGGUGCGGGUGUCGACCAGCGCGGCGGGCUUCCGCGCGCUCGUGCAGGAGCUCACCGGCCGCAACGCCGACCCGUCCAAGUACACCGGCAGCGGCGCCGCCGACGUCGGCGAGAGCAGCGCGGGGAGCCCGGCCGGGCCGCAGAUGGGCCCCGCGCCCAGCCCCGGCAGCACGGCGGAGUCAUCGGAAGGCGCCGCCGCUUGCAGCCACAACGUCCCGGCCACAGCAGCGCCGGCGGGCUACGGGUAUGAGGAGGAGGAGGACAGCUUCCCGCCGCAGCUGAUCGACAACAGGUACUCCGUAUUCUCGCCGCCGACGUUCCUCUACGGCUCGCACGCCGAGUGGUGA